ACCAUAUUUAAUGAACCUUGCUUGCCUGAUAUAAAACAAAUAAAAUUUUCAUUCAAACCUGAAAUUUCCUUCAAAAUACAAAAAGUCAACAAACUUCUUUAAAAUAUCAAUCCUCAAUAUAAUAAAAAAAAAUGAAAAUUAAACCGGCUCAAGUUGCUGCUUUUGCAUUUAUGAUGGGCUACACUAUUUUUGGACUCAUGUGCCUAAAAUUAGUAUACAAUCGCCAAAGUUGCAAUGGUUCCUUUUACCUCACUAAAGGCUAUCAAUGGUUUACGACUGGAAUUAUUGGCCCACAUAUACAAGUAGAUGUGCUUUUUGACAAUCGUUUUUGUGCUGGCAGUUUACAUGGCUUUUUAAGUUGCGCUUCAACGUAUGUUUUAGGUUAUGCCGUUGCUGUUUAUCGCCUUUUUAAUGGUUUUCGCACGCGAUUUGUCAAACUUUUGCAUGUUGGUUUACACGCAAUUUCCCUUGCAUUUUUUGCCUGUGGAUAUUUUAUUCUAUACUUUGCGGAAUAUAACGUGGAAUAUGAUUAUAAUAAAUUUCAUGCCUACACCUCAAUAUUUGUUUGUUGUAUGUAUCUGUUGCAGAUUAUUGUUGGCUUAUCCACAUUUUUCCUUCAAAGAAAUAUACAACUUCGUUUAAAAUUUGCUCCAUUUCAUGAUGUUUUCGGUAUUUGGUUGAUUAUUGCUUUGGUGGCUUGCUGCAUAUCGGGAAAACAUUACGCCCUGAUAGACUACACCAAAAUGAAUCAAAAUGCUUUCUAUAGUCUAACAUUUGUUUCGUAUUCUUUUCUUUUGAUAGUGGUUUUAAAUCCAUUUUUUGAAUGGGAUUUGGUGGGUCAUAUAUAAAUAUGUAUUUUUUUAAAAAAAUAAUUCAUUUGACUAAAGAUUAAAACCAUAUUACCUGCAUAAAUGCUUAUGUGAACUUCUUAGAUAUAUUGUUUGGGAUCAUUAAGUUCUUAAAUAUUGUCAUAUAUCUCUAUCGAUUUAUAAAUAAUCACAAGGUAUCUUGUGUAAGUUUAUGUUUUUUAGGGUAGUACUUUUCACUAUUGACAUAUAUUUCAUUUUAUAACUGAUACUAUAUAAUGCUGUUCGCACAAAUUACUAUUAUUUUAAUUUUUUUAAUAAACAUUGCUACAAUUGUUCGUUA